GUUCAAAUCCGCAGCCUGGCGCAUGGACACCGGCAGGGCAUUAGAAUGACGCACGGCUGGACAUACACCCCUUGGGCUGACGCAUGCACUCACUUGAGACGGUGGCCUUCGUAGAUGUGGAGGUGGUUGUAGAGGUUCCUGCAGAAUUUGACAACGAAGACUUCCUCCCGGCCUGCCAGGAAGGAAGAAGAAGCAAGACGUCGAGGCUGAUCACAAUGGCGCAACGAGGGUUCCCACCAGUCCCCUCCAUCGCCACCAUGGCGGCGCUGCUGUUGCUCGCAUUCCUCCAGUCGCCUAUCCACGGACAAGCUGCAUCCCCGGAAGCGGGUACGGUCAAGAUCACGGGUUUCCAGUACGCAGGUGAUGGCUGCCCGCCAGGGUCUGCGGAGGGGGCGGUGUCGGAUGACGGACAAGCAAUCACCGUGAUGUUCAGCAAGUACACUGCGUCGACAGACGCUGGCCUGGACGGUCUGAGGAAGAAGUGCACGGUGACGGUCAAUCUGAGUUAUCCGCCAGGUUUCCGCUAUCACCUGGGGACUGUCACUAUGCGCGGAUAUGCCAAGCUGGACGCCGGCGUGACCGGGACCGCUCAGACCAGUUACUAUAUCUCCGGGACAACAGGGACAGCUCGAGCCCAACGCGUCAUAGCCGGCUCUUUCGAUGAUAACUACGAGUUCACGGACAAGUUCGGUGUGGUGGCGUACAGCCAGUGCAACGUCGUGAGAGACCUCAACCUCAACUCCGAAGUGCGGCUGAAUCCUGGGAAACCAGCGAAAAGCGGCCUCAUGACCGUCGACGCUCAGGAUCUCAAGCUAACGCAGGAGUUCGCCAUCAUCUGGGAGUCGUGCUAAGCUCCGGGCAGCGGUCCAAAAUCUUCAGCG